ACCGAGUGUGACGUCACGAGGUAAACAUGGCCGGCCAGACGCUGAGACUCGCGACGGGCUCCCUGCUCAGGAAGUAUGUCGCCCUCCCCUGCCUCGGCCCUAACACCUCGGCCCUUCGCCACUGCUCCAUCGCCCAGACCAUCAAGGUUCGGGAGGAGAUCAGGAGGAAGCGCUCGGAGGCUCUGCUCGGCGGCGGCAGGAAGAGGAUCGAGGCGCAGCACAGGAAGGGAAAGCUAACAGCAAGGGAAAGGGUUGAGCUGCUAUGUGACCCCGGCAGCUUCACGGAGUUCGACAUGUUUGCUGAGCACACUUGCACAGAUUUUGGAAUGGAGAACCAGAAGUAUCCUGGUGACUCAGUGGUGACAGGUCACGGCCUCAUUCACGGCAGGCUAGUGUACCUCUUCAGCCAGGACUUCACAGUGUUUGGAGGUUCACUCUCUUCUGUGCAUGCCAAGAAGAUAUGCAAGGUAAUGGACCAGGCCAUGCUUGUGGGUGCACCAGUGAUCGGACUGAACGACUCAGGAGGAGCCAGGAUCCAGGAGGGAGUCGAGUCUCUUGCUGGAUACGCUGACAUCUUUCAGCGAAAUGUUAUGGCAUCCGGUGUUGUUCCACAGAUAUCUAUGAUCAUGGGUCCAUGUGCAGGUGGUGCUGUGUACUCCCCUGCCCUUACAGACUUCACAUUCAUGAUCCAGGAUACCUCAUACCUCUUUAUCACUGGCCCAGAUGUAGUCAAGGCAGUGACCAAUGAAGACGUGACACAGGAGGAGCUGGGUGGGGCUCGGACACACACGACCCUCUCUGGUGUGGCACACAAGGCUUUUGACAAUGACAUCCAUGGACUGCUCAACCUGCGCACCUUCAUGAACUACCUACCACAGAGCAACCAGGAUCAGGCACCCAUCAGGCAAUGUGAUGAUCCCUGGGAUCGUGAUGUGCCAGGACUGGACACUGUUGUGCCCUUGGAGUCCACAGCAGCCUACAAUAUGCUUGAUGUCGUAAAUGGCGUAGUAGAUGAAGGAGAUUUCUUUGAGAUCAUGCCCAACUAUGCGAAAAACAUCAUUGUUGGGUUUGCUCGAAUGAAUGGCCGCACAGUUGGCAUUGUCGGGAAUCAGCCAAAGUCAGCUGCAGGCUGCUUGGACAUCAACUCCUCAGUGAAGGGUGCUCGUUUUGUGCGAUUCUGUGAUGCCUUCAACAUCCCAUUGGUGACCUUCGUGGAUGUGCCAGGGUUCCUACCUGGCACUGCUCAGGAAUAUGGAGGCAUCAUCCGCCAUGGGGCCAAAUUGCUGUAUGCCUUUGCCGAGGCCACUGUGCCUAAGAUUACAGUCAUCACACGGAAGGCUUAUGGAGGAGCUUAUGAUGUGAUGUCAUCCAAGCACUUGCGUGGAGACAUGAAUUAUACUUGGCCAACCGCUGAGGUUGCUGUAAUGGGAGCCAAAGGAGCUGUAUCCAUCCUGUAUCGUGGUCAGUCAGAUGUUGCGAAGUAUGAGAAAGAAUACAUUGACAAAUUUGGAAACCCGUUCCCCGCUGCUGUUAGGGGCUUUGUUGAUGAUAUAAUUGAGCCACACACGACCAGGCGACGCAUCUGUCAAGACCUGGACAAGCUGGCCACAAAGAAGCUGACCAACCCAUGGAAGAAACAUGCUAAUAUUCCUCUUUAAGUGUGAUUGACUUAAAUGAAUGACAUGCUGGUAUGGUCUUGUUAUCUUCGUUGUUUUUACCGAAGAAAAAAUCGAGUGGUUGCAGUUUGUAUUUAGUUACGGGCAUUUUAUCAUCCAUGUAAUAGCUGUUGUACAAAAUAAUUUAGAAUGUAUAUUCUCUUCUUUUUCUGCAUGAAAAUCAAUGAUUUCCUCUUUAGAAUAUUUUUGUAAAAUGUAGUAAAAUAAAAAGUGAAAUA